GAAGAGCGGUCUGUUACAGUGCCUGGUUGUCGAGGAGGCUGUGCUGCAGGAACCAAAGGCAUCAAUAACACUUGGUAACGAGACUACUUGGGAACUGAGUGCCAGGCGUCGACCCGCGGACUCGUAUGUUUGAAACAUAUGUUUUGAUGGCAAGACAUUUUUUUCUACAGGUCUAAGAAGAGCCUCUGACAACAUUGUUGUAAACCUGAAGUGCCAACGGGGAUAAGCGGACAAGGCUUUUUAUUUAUUUUUUACGCAAAAUAAAGUUUACCCAACCAUUUAAUAGAAAGAAGAGACUGGACGACGAUGUUCAAGAAAAGCAGAAGCAAAGUGCUGGUGGAUGACGCGUCAGAAGAGGAUGACAUGUCGUGGCACUACGACCACUGCUAUAAGGACAAAGACAUAGAAGAAGUGGGCGAGGAGGAAGAGGAACAAGAGGAAGCUGCGAGUACCGGAUCUCAGGAAGCUAAGGUGAAGAAGACAAAGUCCAAGAAGGAGAAGCGAGAGAAGAAGAUGUUUUCCUUCAAGGACGAUGAGCAUUUCCUAUUAACCGGGAUCAAACUGUCUGACCGGAGAGGGUCUCACAAGAUAAUGAAGGAGGAUGAAAAGGAGACAGAGAAGGGGAAGAAGCCAGAGAAAAGCUCCUGCUUCUGGGAGAGCAUCACCAUGACGAUGCGGCAGGUCACGCCCACCAAGAAGCUGGAAAAGAUGGAGGGCUGGGAGCCACCUCAGCUCAGUGACGGAAACGACAAACCCAUCGACGACGUGGUCCAGGAGGCCGUGAGCAAGACCAGGGACACUCCUGUGUCUUUACCCCGUUCCCUGGAGCUCCCGUUGGGCCUGCAUUCCUGGAGGGGCCUGGGUCUGGAGGAGGACUCGCCCCGCUACGCCAACCUGUCCGACUCCACAGAGACCUCUGCCGCCAGGUGGACGGCCCUGGCCAAGGUGAAGCUGGCCGGCAUCAGGAGGAGUCGGGGGAUCGUGUCGGAGAACUCAUGGAAGGGCUUCAAAUAGAAAGAGACACAGCUGACUCCCAUCCUCUGACCCAUCAAAUCCCCGCUCCCCUAACCAAAAGGCUUAAAAUUCACAACAAACAACCGUUUGACUCAGAGCAGUGCUGGCAUUGCGCUGUCGAGUUGUCCUCUGACACAAACAAAGGAUCAUUAAGACUGAACAGCCCACCUGGGUGCGGAUCAAGAGAUAGACAAUCACGCUGAAGUAAGGCAAGCAAUGUUACAAAUUGCAGUAGACGUUUAUGCCAAUUUAAACUCUUUCUAGAGCAGGGGUCUCAAACUCAACUUACCUGGGGGCCACUGGAGGUAGAGUCUGGGUCAAACUGGGGCACAUCAAGUAUUCCACAAAAAAAAGUAGCACAACUGACUCAAUCUAAGUUAAUGAUCGGGCUAUAAUUAGACCACGUUGGCUAUGUAAUCGCUGACAACAGGGGACAUUUCAUAGCGGUUUGUGGAAACCGGGAAAUUUUAGCAUCCUUUGGCUUCUGUCAGGACACAGGACACGCAACUCAAAAUUGGGACUGUCCCGGCAAAACAGGGAGAUCUGGUCCCCCUAUCACAAGUGAUAAAAAAGCUUGGCAAGCGACUCUGCAAAAAUGUGCGUUUGACAACAACGCGCAGGCCGCACUAACACUAUACUUUGAUGUCAAGUAGGGGGCCACAAAAUAUCAUCCCGCGGGCCUCAAUUGGCCCCUGGGCCGCGAAUUUGAGACCCCUGAUCUAGAGGAAGGAAACUGUGUAAAAGUCUAACUUUACUGUACAGAUUAAACUGUGAUGGUAUAGGGAACACCUUUAAUACUUCACAGCAGUGGCUCCCAACUUACUUCAAAUAGUUUACCCCUAAAUAUAUAUAAAGUCAGGUCUGUCUGAAGUGAGCCCUAAUAUGUGAAAUUAUAUGUGAAGACAGCUUUCUCUGGAUGUGGUUUAGGUAGCAACAGACUGAUAGGAGGGUCGGCGCAAGGAAUUUAAAUAUAUUGCAACGAAUGAUUGCAGAAUGGGCUUCAUGUUAAACCUUGGAAUAUUAACCAUCAUUUUAGUGUUGCAAACCACUUUCCAACGUUAACACUAGGUUUUUUACGCGAAAAACCGAAUCCCAUGUGGCAUUUAUACUUUUUAAUAUUAUUAUAUUGGCAUUUUUAAAGUCUUCCCGCAUUCCCCCUGGAAUACAAACCCGUACCCCUGGUUAGGAAUAACUGCUGGAUAGGAUUUAUUUUAUAUUGAAUAUUUAAAGCUGAUGCUACUGUAGAAUUUAUAUUAAAACAGUAUUUUCUAUGCAAUUCAAGUCUACUAUCAAAGAAUGUUAAAUCCAACGUCUUCUAAGCUCUGGGGCUUUUUUUUCUGCUUUAUGCAAAUGUACAAUUGUUGUUGACACUGUAUUAUGAACAGGCCUAUGUGAGUUUCUAUCUACAGAUAUAAGGGGUCAGGGUUCAUAGAGUGGCUGUGAGGUUGAUUUAAGGUUAUCCAUGUUAGUUGCUGGUUGUACUCCGAAUCAUCUGAAGAUCUCAGCCGAUUGCUGAAUGCUAUUUAACUACUCCAAUAUCAAUCAACAAUAAGUUGACUGAUUCUGGAUUGAGACCAAGAUUGGUCAUACAAGCUGUAAAGCUGAUUGUGCCUACUGCAUAGCUACACAUCAAAUGAUGAUGGCUGAUUUGUUUUAUUGACUAAUCUCAGUAUCUUCUUUUCAUUUGGCUCUAUAUAGAAACGGCAAAUGUGAUUGACUGCAACAUAGUGAGCGUAUCCCAGUGUUGUGUAUGUGUAAGAUAUUGAAGAAUCAUAGUUCUAUAUGCAUCACUAUUUUAUAACUCAUCCAAUGUAACAUGAUGAUUUAGGUAAAUUGUUGAUUUGAAAAGAUGAUAGUAAACACAAUCUAUUUUGAAAUGUGCCUUUCAUCCUCUGCUUCAUCUUCUUCUUCUUUGAAUCAACAUGAUUGGAUCAAUCUGUUUGGCAAAAGUGUUCACAGACGCUCCACUAUCAUACGUUACUGUAUCUGAAAUAAAAAAGAAAGGGCCAUCUUU